AUGGGUACGGUGCAGCGCUCGGAGCUUUAAUUGAAGAAGUUAGCUAAUCUAUCUAAAGUUUAGUGGCCAUAUUAGAGACAUCCGACUUCUCUGGUGGGGAUGUCCCGUCACAAACUUACCGGAGACGCGGAGGCACGGCAGCCGCUGCUCACCGGUCAUUACCUGGACGAAAGCGAACUGGGCUCAGAUGAAGGUGAAGUCAUUUUUGACAGAACGACUGAGGCUGGUGUGCGCGUACCCCGGAAACUGACAUAUGAGGAAGCAGUGGAAGAAACAGGUUUUGGUUUGUUCCACUGGCUGCUGCUUGUGGUUUGUGGUUGGGCCAAUGCCAGUGAUGCUGUGGAGAUUCUCUGUGUUUCUUUUCUCCUGCCAACAGCACGCUGUGAUCUGCUACUGAGCUCCACAGACGGGGGCCUGCUGACAGCAAGCAUUUUCCUCGGAAUGAUGGUGGGUGGCUACAUGUGGGGAUACUUGGCUGACCAGAAGGGGCGCUGCAAGGUUUUGGUUGUGUCGCUGACAGUCAAUGGGCUGUUUGGAGGUCUGGCUAGCUUCGCUCCUUGGUUCUGGCUCUUCCUGCUGAUGCGGUUCAUCAGUGGGAUUGGGGUCGGCGGGUCGAUUCCGGUCAUCUUCUCCUACUUCUCAGAGUUUAUGCCCCGGGUGAGGAGAGGUGCGAUGAUCAGCGCUCUGGCCACAUUCUGGAUGGCAGGAAACAUCCUGGCUGCAGGUCUAGCCUGGCUGGUGAUCCCCAAAACCUGGGCACAUUUUUCUCUGGGAACACUGGACUUUCAGAGCUGGAGGCUGUUUGUGGUACUGUGCUCAGUUCCCAGCAUCACCUCAGCCAUCAUAUUCAAGCUAUUCAUGCCUGAAAGCCCGAAGUUCCUCAUGGAGGCUGACUGUGAGAAAGAAGCAAUCCAUGUCUUCAGACUGAUGUUUGAACUGAACAUGAAGGGAAAAGAAAAGGCUUUCCCUGAAUUUGGUUUGCACACAAGUUCCAGGCAAAGAAGGGAACAGCAGGAGACCAGAAUCUGGGGUUCAAGUAGUGAACGUCUUGCAAAUGCUUUGAAAAAGGGGUUGGUACCUAUUAAAAAGAUAUUUAAGAGCCCUCUCAGAUCCAGGAGUAUCACUCUAAUCAUCAUUUUCUACUCAAUCUCCUUUGGUUACUACGGGCUGUGGAUGUGGUUUCCUGAGCUGUUUGCGAGGGCUGAAGAUGGUGGCUCACCCUGUGCAAAUGUAUCCCGUCCAUCUGCACUUCACAAUGAAAGCUGUUACCCGGUCAAGACAGCAGUAUAUAUGGAGGGUUUCGUCAUUGCUGUGUCAAACCUGCCAGGUAAUAUCUUCACCAUUCUUGUGAUGGACAGCACUGGUGGAAAGGCACUGCUUUCCGGCAGCCUGUUGUUGUCCAGUCUGAGUGUCUUCCUCAUCUAUGUGGUUCAGACCAAAGCUCAGAGUCUGGUCCUCUCCUGCGUCUUCAGUGGGGUGUCUGUGAUCGCCUGGAAUGCGCUGGACGUUGUAGGAACUGAGCUCUACCCGACCCAGCUACGGUCCUCUGCUCUUGGUUUCUUCACAGGCGUGGGCCGAGUGGCAGCAAUCACAGGAAACUUAGUCUUUGGAAAGUUGGUGGAUGCAAACUGUGCCGUCCCUGUUCUGCUGGUGUCGGCCCUGCUGCUGGUCGGAGGACUGGUGGGUCUUCUGCUUCCACAAACCAGGCAGACAGAGCUCACCUGAACGCUCACAUUGUUUUACAUAGAUUCAGCUAACUUUGUCUUAACAUCCUCUUGGAGGGGUAGAUAUAAGUUCUGUCAUCUUUGUAUCUCUGGUUUUUGAAUCCGUGCCUUCUAUCGUCUCUCUGUGCCUUUAUGGUGCCUCUUUUAAAAAUUCCAUUGCUAAGAAAAAUUGUCAAAAGACAGUCAGCUCUCUGCCAAGAAAGAAGUGCCACUGUGUUAUAUUCUGUUAGCUUGUGAGGAUUAAAAUCCUUACUGUCAAGGCACCUUUAAAAAGUUUGCAUUUAAAUGACAAAAGUCUUAUCUUCUUAUUACGCUUUUCCUUAUUUUAAGUCUUAUACACACACAGGCCACUUUAUUAGGUACAAUCUGCUAGUCUCAGUUUUGUUGCUGCAGAUUUGUCAGCUGCACGUCCAAUGAUGUCAAUCUUCUGUUUCACCACAUCCUAAAUGACUCAGUCAUGUUUAAGAAACCAAGUUGAGAUGAUUUCAGCUUUAUGACAUGGUGUAUUAUCCUUCUGAGAGCAGCCAUCAGAAAACGGUCAAAAAAGGAUGGACAUAGGCAGCAACAAUAUAAAUGAUGUUCAGUUGGUACUAAGAAGCCAAGAAAAUAUCCCUCACACCAUUACACCAGCAGCAGCAGCAACCUGAACUGUUAAUACAAGGCACAAUGGAUCCAUGCUUUCAUGUUGUUUACACCUAAUUUCGACCCUACCAUCUGGAUGUUGCAGCAGAUGUUGAGAUUCAUCUUUUAGCCAAUUUUGAUGAGCCCAUGUUCUUGUAGCCUUGGCUUCCUGUUCUUAGCUAACAGUAGUGGCACAUCCUGUGCCCUUCUGCUGUAGCUAUUAUUAUUCAAGUAGCUCAGCAGAUUUUGAAAUACUCAGACCAGGCAGUCUGGCAUCAACAACCAUGCCACAUUCAAAGUCAAAAACACCUUUCUUUUUAGUUGAACUUCAGCAGGUCAUCUUGACCAUGUCUACAAGCCUAAAUACACUGAGUUCCUGCCAUGUGAUUGACUGACUAGAUACACCGCUCAGGCAUAGCAUUAUGACCACCUGCCUAAUGUUGUGUUGGUCCCCCUUUUACUGCCAAAAUAGCCCUGAUCCAUCAAGGCAUGGACUUCAUUAGACCCCUGAAGGUGCGCUGUGGUAUCUGUACCAAGAUGUUAGCAACAGAUCCUUUAAGUCCUGUAAGUUGUGAGGUGGGCCCCCAUGGAUCGGACUUGUUUGCCCAGCACAUUCACAGAUGCUUGAUUGGAUUGAGAUCUGAGGAAUUUGGAGGCCAAGCCAGCACCUCAAACUCAUUGUUGUGCUCCUCAAACCAUUCCUGAACCGUUUUUGCUUUGUGGCAGGGUGCAUUAUCCUGCUAAAAGAGGCCACAGCCAUCAGGGAAUACUGUUUUCAGGUAAGGGUGUACAUCAGGGAUCUUCAAAUCCAGGCCUCUAGUGUCCUGCAACUUUUAGAUGUGUCUCUACUUCAACACACCUGAGACAAAUAUAGAAGUCAUUAGCAGGACUCUGGA